AAGCCCUUCUCCGUUUUUUAAUAUGCCACCGUGUCUCUAAGGCGAAAACAGGUGAUGAACUACAAUCCCAAAAGACAGUCAAUCUACCGUCAAGGUCGCUCCAUGACUGUCAACUUUUGAACCCUCAGCAGCCAAGGAAAGAACAAAAUUGUUUGUUUCCGGAUUUCGUGCUCCGCCAUGUGGCACUUCGGCCCCGUCGAGCGCAUACCAAAGCUCAGAAAGAGACGAAGAAUAGAGGAACUGGAAGCAGAAGUUCCCGUUGCUAUUGGAUACUGGGGCAAGCCCUCAGCGCUAGAGGGCGCUAAGUAUGAUUUCCUCUGCAUACAAGCCACGCUCAAAUCCAACAAGCCCGACAGUCUUUCCUUUGUCGAAGAAUUUAUGGUUGAUUCCGGAAGUGACGUAGUCACAGCGAGACAGGAGAUUCUUGAUCAGCUUGACCUUGAGCUGAUCGGUACCAUUCAGAGUAGGGGUGUUCACACCACGGUAGAGAAGCAGCUCUACAAGGCGAUACUGCGCAUUGGAAAACAAGAGGCUGAGAUUGAGGUCAUGCCAGAGCCGUACGAGUCAAUCGGCAACAGAGUCAUGCGUCACUUCCGCCACGUGAUCGACAGCACGGUCCACUAUUGGCUGCAGGGGAACAGGCUGGAGCUUGGUGGGUCCUCGGGUCAAGUCUCACUGGUCGGCAGCGUCAGCGAAGAGCAUACGUCACACAGCACGCCCGAAACUCUGGAGUCCGGGGAGUCCAAAGACGGUUCCACACCGGAAGAGAAACAGGAAGCCAAGGGCAGCGAUCCGGGAACCAGGGACGACGAAGAAGAGGAAGACUCCUCAGCGUCCUCAGAAGAGAAAUCACCGUGACGUCACAGGUCCGAGGUCAACAAGACUUAUUAAAAGUCCAAUUUGCCAUCACUAUGGUAAGCAGUAUUUGAACAGCCGCGACAUUAUUAUGUAAACUUCUCAUGGAUGUACAUUAAUGUAAAGUUAUUUUAAUUUUGUUUAAAAGUAAUUGUUUUUGCUGCGCAUUUCUGACGAGUCAAUCAUGAUUUGGAAGAAGAAUGAGAAAGGAAAUUCUGGAACUCUACCUCCACCGUGGUUUGAUAGUUUUGGCCAGUUCGCACUAGGCAAUUUAUAUAGGCAACCAGUUCCAGGCAAUCUCCAAUAAGGAAUAUUAUUCACAUUUCAGUUUUCUGUGGGUAGCGAGUUACAGCUAAAACAGUGUCUUUUGUAAUGUCGAAGUCGUCCUUAAUGACGAAGUCGUCCUUGUGUAGACAGUGCAGUUGGUUACGCUGCCUCAAAGUUGCCUGUAAAUGUUGCCCAGAGUGACAAUUAUCUUCAAGUUUUAGAUUGAAAUCUACUUCUAAUCGAUUGCAAUUGCAACCAGAGACAAUAAUUGCAGAUGAUUGUGUCCCUAGUUUCAAGAUUAGAUUGAAUUUCAGUCUUAACAUUUGAAAGGGAAGUCCCUUAGCAUUGGUCUGCAUCAAAGCUUGAUGAAUUCGCAAAGCAGACUGUCCCUUUAUAUGGAUCAGUCUGCUUUGCGAAUUCAUCCAACUUGUUUAAACUCUCAAACCAUUGGUUGUUCACGUGCCAAAGUAAAACAAAACAAAAUUAGAAACUUGUUGAAUUCUUAUGGAUAUUGGGUAGUCGUUUUACCCUGAUCCUAAUUUAAAAUAUUUCUGUACACAGUUUUUGCCAAUUGGCCAACGCCAGUUGGCAACAAUUAUUUUACCGAUGAUCUUGAAGGCAAGGAGAACUGCGUUCAUUUGUAUUUGUUAAAGGUAAGGGUAAAAAAAAACCAGGCUCGUCAGUUAAAGCUAAUUUUUAACAACCAAGGUUUUUAUUAAAAAUCCUAUUGUGUUACCGCUAAACACUCUAUAGGUGUGACACUGUGAGUACACUGUCAUUUUACACUUUUGUUUCUGACUGCUAGUCGCAUCAUUGACGGUGUUGUAUACAUUCUGGUGUAAUAACAAAGUUGGACACCAUCGAAUAGUUAGUAUUAUAUAACACCCAAGCAGAUCCUUGCCAUUUGAUUGGAGGAUUGUCCGUCACGUGAUAGCAAA